AUGAAGGUGGUAACGUGUGAGAUCGCAUGGCACAACAAGGAGCCGGUGUACAGUGUGGACUUCCAGCACAGCGCGGAGGGACGCGUGCGUCGACUGGCAACAGCCGGAGUGGACACCACUGUCAGACUGUGGCGAGUGGACACGGGCUCCGAUGGGAAAGCAGCGGUGGAGCUACUGUCCAAUCUGGCUCGACACACCAAGGCUGUCAACGUGGUGCGCUUCAGCCCCAACGGAGAGCUGCUGGCCUCAGGAGGAGAUGAUGCAGCAAUUCUCCUGUGGAAGCUAAACGACUCCAAGGAGCCUGAUCAGUUACCUGCAUUCCAGGAGGAUGAAGAUGCUCAGCUCAACAAGGAGAGCUGGUCUGUGGUCAAGACACUGAGGGGACACAUAGAGGAUGUGUACGACAUCUCCUGGACUCGGGAUGGAAACUUCAUGGUGUCUGGAUCUGUCGACAACACUGCUAUCAUGUGGGACAUCAACAAAGGACAGAAGCUGUGUAUCUUGAACGACCAUAAGAGUUACGUGCAGGGUGUGACCUGGGAUCCUCUGGGACAGUAUGUUGCCACCCUCAGCUGUGACAGGGUGAUGCGUGUGUACAGCGCACACACCAAGAAGAGGGCUUUCUCUAUCAGUAAAAUGAGCCCUGGGCCAGUUUCAGAGGGAGAGGUAAAGCCGCACAGAAUCUUCCACGACGACAGCAUGAGGUCCUUCUUCCGACGUCUUUCGUUCACACCAGAUGGUUCUUUUCUGAUUGUCCCAGCUGGGUGUGUGGAGAUUGGAGAAAACAUCAUGAACACCACCUACAUCUUUUCCAGGAAGAGCCUCAAGAGGCCCAUUGCCCACUUGCCUUGUCCAACUAAAGCUACACUGGCUGUGCGCUGCUGCCCUGUCUACUUUGAACUGAGAACUAAGAAGGGAGAAGAUGGUUCUGAACAGCCUCUUCCCAACACAUUCCAGUUGCCUUACCGUAUGGUGUUUGCAGUGGCGUCAGAAGACUCCAUCUUCCUGUAUGACACUCAACAGACCCUUCCCUUCGGCCUGGUGUCUAACAUCCACUACCACACACUCAGUGAUCUUACAUGGUCUCGGGAUGGUUCCUUCCUGGCGGUGUCCUCCACAGAUGGCUACUGCUCCUUCCUGACCUUCUCUCCUGGGGAGCUGGGCACUCCCCUGAAGGAGCCCCCCACAUUAGAGGUCUUUGUCCCGAACACUGGUGUCGAGAAAAAGAGCAAGAAGUCAGCGGGCAGGACAUCGUCUCCCUUGAGCAGCGCAGCCCCGACUCCCUCUUCCCAAACCAUCCAUUCCAAAGAUGCCCCCUCUGUCACCCCCCCAGAGGAGAAGAAGAGCACCCCCAGUAGCAAGUCUAAACCUCAGCCUCGCAGGAUCACCCUCAACACUCUGCAGGGUUGGGGAAAACCCAGUAGUCCUAAAACCACAGCUCCUUCAGCACCUCAGACCCCGACCUCUGGAAGCACAAGUGCUCCGUCCACUCCCCAACCACUCGUCGCCCCCCUCACCCCCACCAGCUCCUCCAAAACGCAAAUACGUCUUUCUCCCCUCAGACCCUCCACCCCAAAACCCCUCAACAGUGCCAAUACUGCUGGACCCACUACUCCGAAGGGUACUACCACCCCGAAGGGACCCCCCCCAAGGAGAGUAUCUUUGACUCCCAUUGCAUCCCGGUCUCCAGCUGUCAGUUCCCUCUUCAGAACUCCCUCCUCCACGGAGAAGGCCAAACAUGAACGUCCGUCUCCCCCCACUGAUCCAGUGUGCCAGCCGCCAGAAUCCAAACGACCCAAGACCAGUGACCCCCCCACAAAGUCCAGUGUCGGCCAGGCUUAGAGUUUAACUGGGAACCGUCUGGUGCUGUAUCAGAACAGUUCAUCAAGCAGUGUUUAAGACCACCACUGAGGCUCCCCACAGAUCUAAUCCCAUCGUGCGGCAGCACUGUGUUUGGGUUCCGAUCUCUCUCUACUUGAUCUAAUGAGACAAAGCUUUAGCCUCAGAUAAUGAACUCUGUUAUAAUACAAACUGCGUUGCUGUAGGUAUCCUUGAGUUAAUUGUUUUUGUCGUGUGUGCUCUGUAUGAUACUGUAAACCAUUAAUGAGGCAACUGUUUUAUAUUUGAUUUGUUUGACUUUAGAUGCUGUUGUAAAAAUGAAAUUUGUCUCACUUCUUGUCAAGAACAUGUAAUUGUGAAACUUAAAAAACUGCACUCCAAACCCGAAGAAGGAAAGAAAACAUGCGCUUCAGGGUUUAGUGCUUGUGUUUAAUGUGUCACUCUGAGUCUGAAUUAUAUAUAGAUUGAUUGAACAAACAGUUAAGUGAAAAGCUGAAAAUUGUCAAGCAUUUAAGAGUAAUUUUCUA